ACCUGGCCAGGGAGGGUGCGCUGCCCAUGGAGGAGCUGCUGCAGCGUUACCGCGGCGCCUUCACCGACUCCGACUGCGACUCCGCCCCCGGCGCCAGCAGCACCCGCUCAGACUCACCUGGCGGCGACAGCGACGAGGACGACGACGACGAUGACGACGACGACGACGACGACGAAGACGAGGCCGACGACGAGGAGGAGGAGGAGGAGGGGGAGGGGCAGGAGGGCGGGGGAGGGGCGCCAGGUGAGCCCGGCGGGGGCGCGGCCCCGCCCGCACCUGCCCAGGUGAGCCCCGCCCCGGCCGCGCCCGCUGGCCCCGCCCCCAAGAAGGAGAUCAGCGACAUCGCGGCGGCGGCAGAGAGCCUGCAGCCCAAGGGGUACACGCUGGCCACCACACAGGUGAAGACGCCGAUCCCUCACCUGUUGAGGGGCACCCUGCGGGAGUACCAGCACAUCGGGCUGGACUGGCUGGUGACCAUGUACGAGAAGAAGCUGAACGGGAUCCUGGCCGACGAGAUGGGGCUGGGAAAAACCAUCCAGACCAUCUCGCUGCUGGCUCACCUGGCCUGCGAGAAAGGUAACCUGGGGCCUCACCUGAUCAUCGUGCCCACCUCGGUGAUGCUGAACUGGGAGAUGGAGCUCAAGCGUUGGUGCCCCAGCUUCAAAAUCCUCACCUACUACGGGGCCCAGAAGGAGCGGCGCCUCAAGAGACAGGGCUGGACCAAGCCCAACGCCUUCCACGUGUGCAUCACCUCCUACAAGCUGGUGCUGCAGGACCACCAGGCGUUCCGCAGGAAGAACUGGAAGUACCUGAUCCUGGACGAGGCCCAGAACAUCAAAAACUUCAAAUCCCAGCGCUGGCAGUCCCUGCUCAACUUCAACAGCCAGCGGCGGCUGCUGCUGACAGGUACGCCGCUGCAGAACUCGCUGAUGGAGCUCUGGUCCCUGAUGCAUUUCCUGAUGCCGAGCGUGUUCCAGUCCCACCGCGAGUUCCGCGAGUGGUUCCACAACCCCCUGACCGGCAUGAUCGAGGGCAGCCAGGAGUACAACGAGAGCCUGGUCAAGAGGCUCCACAAGGUGCUGCGGCCGUUCCUGCUGCGCCGGCUCAAGGUGGACGUGGAGAAGCAGAUGCCCAAGAAGUACGAGCACGUGCUCAGGUGCCGCCUCUCCAAGCGCCAGAGGUUCCUCUACGACGACUUCAUGGGCCAGGCCAGCACCAAGGCCACCCUGGCCAGCGGGCACUUCAUGAGCGUCAUCAACGUGCUGAUGCAGCUGCGCAAGGUGUGCAACCACCCCGACCUGUUCGAGCCACGCCCCGUGACGUCACCGCUGGUCACACCUGGGCUCUGCCUCGGCACCCCCGCCCUGGUGCUGCGCGCCCUGGAGCCACACCCCUUCCAGCAGGUGGACCUGUCCCCGUUCGAGCUGGUGUCCCUGGAGUCUCACCUGUCGCGCUACGCGGCCGAUUGGUUCCUGCCGCGCUUCCGCGUCACGCGGCGCCUGCUGGAGGACGUGGCCGCCGCCCCCGACCCCCCCCCGCGGCCCAAACCCGUCCGCAUGAAGGUCAACAGGUGAGGGGCACACCU